AAGAUAAAUACAGAGAAACUUUCAUUUCAGAUUACUUGCUGCGCAGGACUUCACAACUAAUUCUUUCAUAACAGGAACGUUUUUGUUUUUUAACAGCCAUGAAAACUUUUGUAGUGGUUGCACUGGUCGCCCUGAUCCAUGGCAGCUUUGAAAGCCUGACCAUCAAAGGGCCAACUCAGCCAGUUCUGGAGGGAGACAUGGUCACACUGGAAUGCCUGUACUCAGACACCGACCUCAACAUCAGCCAGGUCCACUUUGAGUACUUCUCCCAGUACAUGGACACUUGGCAGCCGGUGUACUCAAGAUCCUGGAGCUUUCGAUACAACUGGGGUCGGUGCUUCUCAGAGCGUAUGGAAGCGGAGGAAGAGACGGAUGGCGAGAAAAUGCUCCUGAAUAUCUACUACGCCACGAGGUUCUCCGGAGUGCCCUUCCGCUGCGUCUCGGACGCUGACAACGUGACCGAGCCAGACAACUCCUCCCAGCCGCUGACCUUCAAAGUGCAUUAUCUGAGAGGACCGUCAAUAUCCGUGGAAGGUUACAGCGCCUACCUGGGGACCCCGAGGGAGAUGAAGGUGCGACUUGGGGAUGACGUGACGGUGAAGUGCUCUGCCAGCUCAUCAGACGAGCCCAGCUACUUCUGGCAGAAAGAGGGUAGUGACUGGAUCCUGCCUUCCUCUUUGCUGACACUGAAGAAGACGAGCGUGUUGGAUGAAGGACAGUACACCUGCCUGGCUAAGAACCCGUCGGUGGAGUCCCUCAGCAGGACGGGCUCCAUCAGCAUCAAGCUGCUGCCAGAGGACGCCUCCUGGUAUGAGACUACUAAUGGCCGUCUCUGGUUGAUGAUCUCCGCAGCGGCCAUGACUCUGUUUGUAUUCAUUCUCUCCGUGAGCGUGUUCCUGUGCCGCAGGGCCAAGCGGAUCAGGACCAGCAAGGGGCCCAUUGAUGACCACUCUCAGAAAAAGCCCAUCUACAAAACAAGUGUGGAGUCGCUUCCCUCCACCUGCGGAGACAAACAACCCCUGGUGUGACUUCAUAGGCGGAUGGAAGGAUGAGAAUGGAGUGGGUGGCCGGAAAAUGAGCGAGAUACAUGGGGUAGAGACGAGGGAGGAUAGGAAGGAGGCAAACGGGGGAUAUUGGGAGACUGUGUGGAGAGCAAAAUCGAAAUCAGUAACAAGCUGGGUGUAAAGAAAACGCUGAAGGGCAAAUGAUUGCUUUAGAGAUGCUGAAGCAGCUCUGCUUAUGGGUCGCAGCUACAGUUAUGGGUCCUGGACAGAAAGGGCUGCAAUUUUCUUUUCAUUCCCUGUGCGGGGUUGAAAAUGAUGAGCUUCAUUCUUAGCAAAAUGAUAAUGAAGAGUCUUGUGUUCUUCUAAGAGCUGUAAAGACCCUUCCUAUAAUUCUCUCUUUUCAAAUAGAGUUGUUCAGAUGAUUAUUAUAAUGAAGCAUUUAGGAAAUUAUUUAGUUGAUUUUUUUUUUCUUCUCUCAGUUUUGUUUGGAAAAGCAGAAGCAACUCAAAGCAUCUGAGGUUCUUAUCAUUUCUUGACUGUGGCAUCACUCGAGCAUAUUGCACUGUAAUUCUGCACUUUGGAUUUCUUUGAUAUGAAACGGCUUUCAUAAAGUAUUAUUCACUCUC